AUGGAUGCUGAAGGAAUUGUGCGUCCCCAACGGAAGUGCUUGGCCAUUGGAACAUCAAUGUUCCUUUGCACAUUGAUACUCCCUCAGGGACUAACCUUCCUCUUGAUGCGCUAUGUCCCCAAAUUGGACAGGUCGCUUCGGAACUCACUCCCCUUCUUAUCUGCUACGCAAGCUUUGACAAGCUCCGCUGUUAUUGGUUGUCUACUUACCGAGCUCAAGAUUUUGAACACUGACAUUGGCCGCACGGCGGUCUCAACGGCAAUAUUUAGUGAUGCUAUUGGCAUAACGAUGAGUGCGAUUGCUAUUGCAAUAAGUGAUAAGAGGACCAAAAAUUCAAUAAUACCAUGGCUCGCAGUACUACAAGCAGCGGUUCUUGUGUUGGUCAUUCUCCUUGUGGCCAGGCCAAUCAUGAUGUGGAUACGAAACCAGGCACAGGAAAGAAAAUCUGUCAGGGAGUCGCAUAUUUUCAUCAUUUUCGUUCUUGUGCUUGUGUUUGCAUUUCUUAGUGAGAUCUCAAGCCAGCAUUACGUAUUGGGGCCGCUAGCGUUUGGCUUUACAAUACCUGCCGGACCUCCUUUAGGCUCAGCUGUGGUGGCCAAGGUGGAUACUCUUGCUACGGGACUAUUCUACCCAACAUACCUUGCUGUCACGGGGCUGAAAACAAACAUCUACACGAUUGAUCCUCGGUCUUCGUGGGUUCUCGGGGUUGUUUUUCUCUUCGCUAGCGUGGUCAAGAUUGGAGCAGUAAUGUUGCCAGCCUGCUAUUAUGAACAGACUAUACGUGAAGCUUUUGUGCUCGGGCUUAUUCUCAACGCAAAAGGCAUCACUGAGCUUAUGAUGUUCAACAUUUGGAAGCAAACCAAGCUGCUGAGCGAUCAAGAAUAUGCCCUGGCUGUGAUCUAUGUAGUAGCGAUAACAGCUGUUGUGACACCCUUGAUAAAAAUUCUCUAUGAUCCCUCAAAUAAAUUCUCAGCUACCAAAAGAAGUACAAUCCAGCAUUUGAAGCGCGAGACAGAGCUCCGAAUCAUGGCCUGCAUCCACUCCCAGGAUAACAUUCCCACAAUGGUAAACGUCCUAGAAGUAUCAAAUGCAACAGAAGAGAACCCUGUUGCAGUAAUUGCCCUCAUCCUCGUCGAGCUUGUGGGACGAAUCACCCCUGUUCUCAUAGCACACCACCCCAAUGUCAAUCUAAACACCAGCGUUAACAGCAGCACAUCCAACUCCAACAAAAUUAUCAAAGGCUUGAGUCAGUAUGCCGAGUACAAUGAACGGCGCGCCAGCCUCCAACCAUUCACUUCCAUCUCACAUUAUCCAACAAUGCACGAAGACAUUGUAAGGAUAGCAUUUGAGAAGAAGGCACACAUUGUGAUCCUGCCGUUUCACAAGCAUUAUGCAAUAGAUGGCACCAUUGGGUUAGUGAACAGAGCUCACCAGUCCCUGAACAUCAAUGUAAUUGAAAAGGCACCUUGCUCAGUCGGAAUCCUCAUUGAUCGGGGAAUCCUAGGCGGUUCCGUAUCAGUUCUUAACAGCCAGUUUAUAUUCCAUGUUGCUGUGAUCUUCUUAGGUGGUGUAGACGAUGCAGAGGCACUAGCCUAUGGCUCUCGCAUGUCGAGUCAUCCAAAUGUGGACUUAACAGUUGCACGGUUUCUUCUCUUUGGAGAAGAAAAUUGUAAAGAGAGGAAGCAGGACAGUGACUUGCUUGAAGAAUACAGGCGAGCUAAUGCAGGAAAUGAGCGGUUUGUUGUGGUGGAAGAAGUGGUAAAAGAUGGAGCGAAGCUGUCUUCUGUCAUCAGCUCAAUGGUAGAUUGCUUUGAUUUGAUGUUGGUGGGGAUGCAUCAUCAGGACUCCCCGCUUCUUUCGGGGAUUGGUGACUGGAGUGAGUGCCCAGAGCUUGGUAUCAUUGGCGAUAUGCUUUCUUCGGCGGAUUUUCAGUGCUCACUUUCGGUACUAGUCGUGCAACAACAGAGAAUAUCAGGAAAACCAAUUAGUCGGACUGCAAAACCUGUUGAUAAACAACCGCUAAUUCAUGAUGUCCCAGUAGAACAAAUGAGAGGAUCAUGGACAAUUACAGUGAAUGAAAAUGAUAGGAAAUAG